GUAGAAGAAGAAGCCGGUGCGCAUCAUUUAGCAAACACUGCUUUGAAUGUCCGGCCAACAUAUUCCAAGUCUGUCAACAUUUAAAGAGCAAGAAUGAGUAGCCUGGAUCAAGACCAGCGUCUCCAUCCUGGUUGCCGUGACAAAACAACAGUCUCCAGUGAUUCAUCGGACACUCGUGAGCUCGCCAAGCAGCCUCUUCAAGGUCUAAAAUUGGCGUCACAUGCAGUGCUGGAGGAAGCGCAGCACAGGGGCAGGUUGAAGUGCUCUAAAUGUGGAGGAUCAAGGAUGUUCUUCUGCUACACAUGCUGCGAAUUAGUGGGUGUCAGCCUGCAAGAAAUCCCCUUAAUAAAGCUUCCCGUGAAGAUAGACAUCAUCAAGCAUCCCAACGAGACAGAUGGCAAGAGCACUGCCAUCCACGCCAAGAUCCUUGCACCCGGUGAUGUCACCAUUUAUACGUAUCCCUGUAUACCUGAGUUUGAAAAGGACAAGGUGGUGUUGGUGUUCCCUGGUCCAGGAGCUGUUUCAGUUCAACACAUGAUGCAGUGUUUACAUGAAAGGAGUAACGGCAGGUCACACGACUCCUUCGAUGAACCCUGCAUAAAACGGCGGAAAAGCGAGGAAGUUCAAGGUCCUGCGCGCACUGCCGAGAACUCGGAUUCAGGAAACCCAGAUCAAGCAAAGAGCUCAGAGUCAAGAGUGUAUCCCCUACAGAGGGUGGUCUUCAUUGACAGCACAUGGAACCAGACCAACAAGAUCAGCACAGAUGAGAGACUGCAGGAUUUGCUCCAGGUAGAGCUGAAGAUGAGAAAAACAUGUUUCUGGCGCCGUCAGAAGGGUAAACCCGACACCUACCUAGCUACUAUUGAGGCUGUUUAUUAUUUCCUCAAGGACUUCCACGAGCAUUGCCUCGCUCAGGAGUACAGCGGAGAAUACGACAACCUUCUCUUCUUCUACUCCUACCUGCACUCAGUUAUCAACAAAGCAAAGAUCUCUGCUGGAAAAUGCUGAGAGGAAAAACUGAAACUAGCUGUAAGAGACUGAACUGCAGCUGAAGAUGAGAUUCAGUUGCAAGCCCAAGUAUGAUAUCCGGUUUUAUUUUGUGUGAGUGUUUAUUCCAUGAGAUACGGUGACAUCAGUUUGUAUAAAAAUAUGCAAUAAAACUAAAAGUUCAGUUAAAAAA